UGGGCGCGUCCUCGCGGGCGCGCGCGCUCGCGCGGCAUGCUGGGAAGGCGCCCGCGCGGCGGCCAUUUUGUCUUAUAGGCUCCUCUGUAGCGGAGGCUUUUCGGCCUGAGAGCGGGCCGUGGAAGCUGGCGGCAGUGUCCCCGGUGUUUUCUUUGACGGGUGCCAGGGCUGGUGGGAGCAGCCGCCCGGAAAAGCACCAUGAUUUCGGCCGCGCAAUUGUUGGAUGAGUUAAUGGGCCGGGACAGAAACCUGGCCCCGGACGAGAAGCGCAGCAACGUGCGGUGGGACCACGAGAGCGUUUGUAAAUAUUAUCUCUGUGGUUUUUGUCCUGCGGAAUUGUUCACAAAUACUCGUUCUGAUCUUGGUCCAUGUGAAAAAAUUCAUGAUGAAAAUUUACGAAAACAGUAUGAGAAGAGUUCUCGUUUUAUGAAAGUUGGCUACGAGAGAGAUUUUCUGCGAUACUUACAGAGCUUGCUUGCAGAGGUAGAACGUAGAAUUAGACGAGGCCAUGCUCGUUUGGCACUGUCUCAAAACCAGCAGUCCUCUGGGGCAGCUGGCCCAACAGGCAAAAAUGAAGAAAAAAUUCAAGUUCUAACAGACAAAAUUGAUGUACUCCUGCAGCAGAUUGAAGAACUAGGAUCUGAGGGAAAGGUGGAAGAAGCCCAGGGAAUGAUGAAAUUAGUUGAACAGUUAAAAGAGGAAAGAGAAUUACUUAGAUCCACAACCUCGACAAUUGAAAGUUUUGCUGCCCAAGAAAAACAAAUGGAAGUGUGUGAAGUGUGUGGAGCCUUUUUGAUAGUAGGAGAUGCUCAGUCCCGGGUAGAUGAUCAUUUGAUGGGAAAGCAACACAUGGGCUAUGCCAAAAUUAAAGCUACUGUAGAAGAAUUAAAAGAAAAGUUAAGAAAAAGAACCGAAGAUCCUGAUCGUGAUGAGCGUUUAAAAAAGGAGAAGCAAGAACGAGAAGAAAGAGAGAAAGAGCGGGAGAGAGAAAGGGAAGAAAGAGAAAGGAAAAGAAGAAGAGAAGAGGAAGAAAGAGAAAAAGAAAGGGCUCGUGACAGAGAAAGAAGAAAGAGAAGUCGUUCCCGAAGUAGGCACUCAAGCCGAACUUCUGACCGAAGAUGCAGCAGAUCUCGGGACCACAAGAGAUCACGAAGCCGAGAAAGAAGGCGAAGCAGAAGUAGAGAUCGACGAAGAAGCAGAAGCCAUGAUAGAUCAGAGAGAAAACAUAGAUCUCGAAGUCGAGAUCGAAGAAGAUCAAAAAGCCGGGAUCGAAAAUCAUAUAAGCAUAGGAGCAAAAGUCGGGACAGAGAACAAGAUAGGAAAUCCAAGGAAAAAGAAAAGAGAGGAUCUGAUGAUAAAAAAAGUAGUGUGAAGUCCAGUAGUCGAGAAAAACAGAGUGAAGACACAAACACAGAAUCGAAGGAAAGUGAUACUAAGAAUGAGGUCAAUGGGACCAGUGAAGACAUUAAAUCUGAAGUGCAGCGUAAGUAUGCACAGAUGAAGAUGGAACUAAGCCGAGUAAGAAGACAAACAAAAGCAUCUUCUGAAGGAAAAGACAGUGUAGUCCUGCAAAACAUUUUGAGCGUUGGUGUUGUGAGCGGCCCAUGAAAAGCCAAAUUAAAAAUCAAGGAUUCAGUCAAACUAAGCAGGUACUCAUGCCAGGUACUCCUUUCUCUACCCACAUCCAUGUUUGAAUGCUAUUGCCUGUGAUCUUUACGCUUAACUGUUGUGUAUCUUUUUUGUUCUUUACAAGAAGCACAGAGGGGUUUUUUUGUGUAUUGUGUGAAAACUAUAAAUCAAAUGUUAACAGAAUGGAAUUUUUUUUCAACUGUAUGUAGGGAUGCAGUGGUGCCCAGAAUUAGAUAUCUUUAACGAAUUUUAAAUACAAUAAACACUUCAUAUUAUUCGCCUUGUUACAUUCAGUGCAAUUCUCAAGUCUUUAAGAGGUAUGUGUUUAAUAUUUCCUACUGUGUAGGAGAAUUUGCAGUCAGCCGUAGGUAUACAGGAAUAGUCACUGGCUGAUAUGUUUAAAGCAGUGGUGACUAGCAAGGACAGACACCUGCAGUCUGAAAUACAAAGAACCAAUGAACUGUAUAGAAUGAAUUUGGGUUUUUAAAGAACUAUUAUUAAAAGUCAGGUUUUCUAAGUGUUCUUAAAACCUAUAAACUGUUCAUUCAUUGGGCUAGUGGCAUGGGAUCAAAUAUUCCUAAUGAAAGGAAGUACCAAUUAGUUAUUUAGUUAAUGGCAUUCCUUUUCUAGGAAAGCAUUAGUGUUAUAUCUGUGUGAGCCAUAUGCACAUAGGCAGGCAUACACAGGCACGUAGCUUUAAGGACCACACUGAUGCCUUGAUUAUUAAAAAGAAUACAAACAUUCCACAUACAUAUGUUAAUUAUAAUUAGCAGUUAGUAACUGGGCCAAUAAUUAGUCAUACAAAUUUGCUUUUUACAUGUUAUCUAAUUAUCAUUUUUCCCCAAAUUUUGCAUUGUAGGACUACUGUUCGAAGAAUUUUGGAUGAAUACUGAAAACGGCAUAAAGUGAAGAUCGACAUUAAAAUGAGGUGAAAGAAAGCUAUAGUGGCAUAGAAAAAGUAUAAAGCUCAGUUAGUUUUUGUUUUUUUUUUUUUUUUUUUAAUUAAAAAUUAAUUCAGGACUCAUGUGUGACCUACCAGAUUUCAGAACAUGUGUUUAUAGCAUAUAUGCCACUGAAAACUUAGGUCCUGUAUCAUAAUUUUUUCUUUAAGACUUUUUAAGAAAUAUUAUCCAAACGUGGCUUGCUCAGUGUUUAAUUGAAAGUUUUCAUUCUUGGACUUUGAAAACAGGAUUAAACGUUAGUAUUUGUGUGAAUCAGACUAAGUGGGAUUCCAUUUUUACAACUCUGCUAUACCUAGCUUUUGGAUUUAGAAGUGAAAAUAAAGUAUCUCUGACUUUCUGUUACAGACUUGAUUGUCUCUGUCAUUGAAAAGAUUUAGUAUUAAUCUUUUUCUAAUAAAAUUAUUGACUCUGAACUAGUCCGUUGUUUUAAAUAUAAUAGGUACACUGUUACUAGAGGUGUUGGCGUACAGUUUUAUCUGAUUUGUUCUGUUUAAUUUUUACAGAAUUUCCAGUUUAAUGUUUUAAAUAAUGGUGCUUCAAUUUUGGGUGGUUAUGAAUAAAUUUGAAUUUUUGCUCUUAAUAGUGAAGAUGUACAGUGAACUAGAAUAUAUUUUUACAUCCCCGAGAGGUUUCUUUAGUAGUAUAAAAUUCAAAAUAUCCUGACAAACACUGUCAUUCUCUAGCUAUGAAAUAAUGAUGUAGAAGAACAUUCAAGAACUUUUAACUAGUUUCAGGCCAUUGUUUUAAAUUCUGUAUCAAGAUUUCUUUUAAUCUGCUCUUGUCAGUUUAGAAAUGUGUUUAUUUCUUUGUAUGGGGUAUAUAGUAUAUAUAAUAAGGAUGUUAAAAGAAGACCAACCUGAUUCCUGAGCAGCUGAUCAUUUUAUGUCACAUACAGGAAAGUUGGUAGCAUGUUUCUGACUAUAGCCAACUUCUUCAACUAUAUAAAAAUAUGAUCACCAGCUGCAUAUAUCAUUGCAGUUCCUGUGAUUAAGUUGGUUAAGUGACUUACCCAAGGUCAUAUGGCUUCAUGUUAAUGGAAAGCUAGCACAUGGAAUCCUGUCUGUGCCUCAUGGUCCAGUGCUUCACUGUUAUGCUACUGUAUUCAUUCUAAUAGGCAUAAUGAAUAGUUACAAAACUUACUGAAAUAUCUUCCACCAAGCUCUGGAAAGUAAUGGAACCACCACUUCAGAGGCCAUGUGUGAGAAAACGCUGUGGGAACAGAGCACCCUGGCUUCCCUACCUGACCCUGGAGAUGCAGCCAUAGUGAGUGGGUUAACUCUGAAUUUAUAAGAGAUGAUUCCCAUGAAGAUUAAGAGAAAAUGGGAAACAAAACCUAACAAAGUCAGCUAGCUCCCAAUCGCUGCUUUGUGUGGUUUGACAAAAUUAUAGUUGUAGGAGUAGAGGACUUAAACGAUAGUUUACUAUAUUGUACUACUAAGUAUUAAGAAAAACAGAAAAUGUAAGACAUUAUUAAGGUAUUAAAUUAUUAACAUAUUAAAAGGACAGGUUUAUUCUCUUCUGCCUCAUCUAGAAUUAGCAACUAUAAUAAAGUACAGUAAAUGAAUUAAUGAACAGUCUUCUUUGUGAACACUUAGAUCUCUUGAUAACUAUUGAAGUUACAUAGGACUUGAGGGGAAGACCUGGCCUCUUAGGGUAUCUGUGCCUAAUAUCUGGUCCCUCCCAGUUGUGGAGAUCUAGAAGUUGGGUUUUUUUGUUUGUUUUUGUAUUUUUCCCUCAUCACACCCAAAAUUUAACUGGUUCAAGAGAACUGACUCUUACUAACCAAACUCACAGGAAUCCAAUAUAGAGGCCAGGUGCUAAUUUACUGUAAGAAAUACACAUUUCUACCGUGCAGACCAGAAAGUUGUCAAUUAAUGCGUAUUUUCUCUUUGGAAUGCAUUUAAGUGGAGCCAGUUGUAAUUAAUCAGAUAAGCAUGAUAUCAAAGUAAUCAGUUGAUCUUUUUUUUUAAACUUCUUUAUUUGGAAAAUUUAAGACAUAAACAAGUAGAACAGUAUAUAAUUAACCUCUCUGAACUCACCACCAUUAAGACUUGUGGCCAGUCUUCAAAUAUGUGUGUGCAUGUGUGUAUCCCCUGCCCCCUAUUAUUUUGAAGCAAGUCUCAGACAUACCAUUUAAUCUAUAAAUAUUUCAGCAUGUAUCUCUAAAAGAUAGACUCCUUAAAAUAACAGUUUCUUAAUAUCAAAUAAAUUGAAUGAACUUUUAAUUGCCAGUCAUCAAACUAUAAUACUGGUCUCGUAGCAUAAUUUCCAUUGUGCCUCUCAAGGGGACCAGGCAAACCAGUCUGCUGCUCAAGGCAUCUUCUCCGGAAUGUAGAGAUGGAUUCUACAUGUUAAAACAUAUUUUUUCUUCAAACAGAUCACAAUACAUUUAUUUUUCGAUUUGGAUUUUAAGGCACCUUUCUUGCCUUCUUGAUCUCGAGGUUAUAAUAACCUAGUCAUAUGGCCUAGCUUAGAUACAUACCUCAUCUCUUUGAGCAUUACUCAUCUGCAGGUGGUCUGUCUGGUUUCUUAAAUAUAGCUAAUGUCACAGAGAUAACCAACCUUAUUUCCAAGUUCUGAAAACACUGACCUCGUAUGAGUUGAGUUCAGCCACCUUCUGACUGAAGUUUCUAGAGAUAUAAAAACUGAAAAAUUUAUGGUGGAAGUUUUUUGAGCUUGCAUCCAUUCUGUUUUUAAAACAAUGCAUUGUAGAUGAGAUGUGAAUAUGUUUUAAAACAUCUAUUAUUCUAAUGUGCAUGAAGCAAAAAAAAAAAACCCUGAGAAUUUAUUGUAUAUACUUUCUGUGGGGUGGGACCUCCCUCGGGGUUGGUUUUCAAGUUUGAAGUCUGACUGAUUUUUGGUUGUUUGUGAAAGAACCCUAGAUUUUUUUGAAAUUUUGUAUCACAGUUGUAAUGCUUGCACAUGGUUAAAAAAAAUCAACAUUAGAAGUGGUUAGUAUCUAUGUCUUCCUUCUACUCCUUUCCCUCUGUUCUUCCUCUCCAAGAGCUCCUACUGUUAAUUUAUUCUUCCAAGUGGUUCCCCUCCCCACCCCCAGGGGUGAGGGGGGAUAUAAGUAUGUAUGUAUAGGGCUUUUUUUUAUACACAAUAGUAUACCAAGUUCUGAAUCUUGCUGUUCUCACUCAGUAUAUUUAGAAACAUUUAUUUUGAGACAUAGGACACAGCACUUUUAAGUUUAACAUGUAGUUUUUAAAAGUACAUUUCAGAUAAGCCAAAGCAGAGAAGUAAAUGUAUUUUUCAUUGUUGUAUCAGAAUUUUGAAAUUUCUAUUUCAAAAAUGCUGUUUGAGACAGUUCCAUAGUUGAUCUGUUUCCUCCCCUCAACCAUCCCAAGUAUAGCUAGAUCAGUUGUCAACAGAUUUCAGAUAUACAUUCAGGGGCAACCACUUCAGAAAGCAAUUUGGCAUAAGUGGGUAAAGCAUGUCCAUCUCCUUUCUCGUGGCCAUUCCACCCCUAGAUAUGUACUCUAGCAAAACUCUUGCACAUGUGCGCCGGGAAAUGGAUGUAAGAAUGUUCAUAACAGCAUCAUUUGUAAUAAGAAAAAGGAAACAAAAAAUCAGCUAAAAGAUACCAAGUGCUCAUCAACAGUCCAUUGGAUAAAUAUUCUAGUAUAUUGCUACAGUGAAAUUCCACAGGAGUGAGACUGAACUACAGCUUACACGUGUGAACAGGGAUGAAUUUCAACAUAAUGGUCAAAAAAAGCAAGCCAAAGAAGAAUACAUCCAGUAUGAUUCCAUUUCUGUAAAGGUCAAAAACAUGCUCAUUAAAUAAAUCGUAACUGAAAGGAAAAAGGAAAUGAGUAACACAGAAUUCCCUGUUACUGUUGCAUCGGAGAGGUGGAGGGAGAAGUGACUGGAGGGCAAAAGGGCCUUCAAAGGAACUGAUGAUGCUUAUUUCUGAAGUUGGGUGGAUGAUAUGUGGGCAGGCGUUUUUAAACUGUGUAUAUGUGCUUUUGUAUGUAUGAUAUUUCUUAAUAAAAUUUUAAAAAA